UAAACAACAGGAAGCUGUUGGGGGUGGGGUGACAGUGGUGAGGCUCCCCUUGGUGACCAACCCCACCUCCUCAAGACACCUGCAUGCACAGGGCUGGGGGUGAGGGAAGGACCUCCUCCUUCUAGAACCUCUGUGCUCUGUGCCAUUCUCAGACCCCUGGGUCAGCCUGCAGCAGGGACAGAGGUAGCAGGAAGUUGGGGAAGGGAAAGUGGAGGCAGAGUUGGGUCACUCUGUGGUAACACUGGGCCCUGUCCCAACGAUGCUUCCCUAGCCGUGGGUCAAGGAAUAUUGCAGAAGCCGUGAGACAGGACGAACACCCGCAGCACCAAGGAAGUAGCUCCAUCUGCUCUGAAGAAGGGGCUUAAGAACAAGAGGAAAUCAAGAGAGUGUGACCCCCUCAACCAGCCACUCUUGAGCUCCCACAUCACCACAACUGUGAGCCCCUCUGGGAGGGCUUCCUGGAGGAGGCAGUCCUCAAAGGUGGGCAUCAUCACAUCCACUUCCCAGAUGAAGAAACUGAGGCUCAGAGAACUGCCUUCCCCAAAGUCACACAUCCUGCUCUGAGCCCAAGCCAUGUGUUCAGCCGUUUGACUCUGGGGCUACAGCCUCAGCCACCAACAGCAGCAGUGGUUCCUGCCCUGGACACUGGAGGCCUGAGAACUCAGACAUUUUCUCCACCAUGGAGGAUGAACAGGCAGAAGAUGGCUUUCCCGGGAGGCUGGACGAGAGCUCCGAGGACCUCAGCCUAGACUUGGAAGCCCUUCAGGGCAGCGAGUAUCUCAAGGACCUGGGCCUAGAGGCCCCUUCCCAUGGCCUGUCAGAGGAGACCAGUGACAGUGCCACCCCUAGCAGAGCUGAAGGAGAUUCACCCUUCUCCUGCUCGGCAGGGUCCCUGGGCCUGAAGGCAAGGAGGCGCAGCUGGGAGAGGUCACGGAGCUGCUCAGAGAGUUGGCAGAGGCUCAGCCUUGAACUUUCAGCGGUGGAUGAGGGGUCCUCUCUCCCUCGGACACUGGCCAGCCUCGCUCUGAACCUGCCAGGAGGAGGCCUGCAGGCCUGGACCCAAGGGUGCCCAUCUGGGGGCGACAGUCCAGCAGACCACCCAGGCAAGGAAGGUGAUGGCACUGAGAAAAGAAGGAGGUCACGGUCGGUUCCAGUGUCCUCCGAUGAGAUCAGUUCCCUGAAAUUCCCUCAGGCGUUGGAGGUGCCCAGUCCGGCUGUUCAAGGGGGGCUGCUUCUAGGUCUGGACUCACCAGUGUUGGAGCUGGAGUGUGUGGAAAAGGACCACGUGGAGCCGGAUCACGUGCUGAUUGUCCAGCAGGUGCUUCAAGAACUCCGAGAGUACCAUGGGGCACAGCAGAGGGCUCGCUUGUCCGCCAGCCCUGGGGCACCCCGCACCAACAUGACCUGGUUCGAGUUCCUGUCUGAGAGCGAGGAUGGAGGAGGCAGGACAGAGCAAAGCGACAGGGGUGCUGGAGUGAGACGCAGACUGAGCUUGCUCCGAAGCCGGGUCACGAGGCAGAAGGAGAAGGGUAAGAACCCAGCCCAUCAGAAGGACAAGGGUCAGGAUGCUCGAGAGAGGCGGGAGUGUGUCGACGGGCACCAGCUGGUUCCAGGAACUUUCUGUGGCCACUUCAGCUGCCCCCUGUGUGGUAAACCGUUCCUGAGAUCCGCCUCGAUGAAGGAGCGCCCGCGGGGCACCCUCCUGUCCCCCGAUGACAGCCCGAUCCUGCCCAGAAAGGUCGGCAUGACGGUCCCGCAGAAGGGGGCUGCACCGCCAGCACUGAGCCCGGCUGGAACAGGGGUGCGACUCGGAUCAGUUACAGGAGAGAUGGAUGACACCGACUCCGGGUUGUCAAAAUUCAAGCAGGCAGUUGACGACUCCCUCUCGUUUACAUCUUCGAAUGCUGAGUCUGUUUUUGUGGAAGAUCCAUACACUGCCUCGCUGAGGAGUGAGAUCGAGUCAGAUGCCCACGAGUUCGAGGCUGAGUCCUGGAGCCUGUCCGUCGACCUGGCAUACAUGAAGAAACAAAAGCGAGAGGUGGUGAAAAGACAGGAUGUUGUGUAUGAGCUGAUGCAGACGGAGGUGCACCAUGUGCGCACGCUCAAGAUCAUGCUGAAGGUGUACUCCCGGGCGCUGUGCGAGGAGCUGCAGUUCAGCAGCAAGGCCAUCGGCCACCUUUUCCCAUGCGUGGACGACCUGCUGGACAUGCAUGGCCACUUUCUCGCCCGGCUGAAGGAGCGCCGCCAGGAGUCCCUGGAGGAGGGCAGCGACCGCAAUUACAUCAUCCAGAGAAUCGGGGACCUCCUGGUGCAUCAGUUUUCCGGCGAGAACGGAGAAAGAAUGAAAGAAAAAUAUGGCGUCUUUUGUAGCGGCCACAACGAAGCCGUCAGUCACUACAAGCUGCUGCUGCAGCAAAACAAGAAAUUUCAGAACUUGAUCAAGAAAAUCGGCAACUUUUCCAUCGUGCGGCGGCUGGGUGUUCAGGAGUGCAUCCUUCUGGUCACUCAGCGCAUCACCAAAUACCCAGUGCUGGUGGAGCGCAUUAUUCAGAACACGGAAGCUGGCACCAAGGACUACGACGACCUGACCCAAGCUCUGAACCUCAUCAGAGACAUCAUCUCACAAGUGAAUGCUAAGGUCAGUGAGUAUGAGAAGGCCCAGCGCCUCCGGGAGAUCGCAGGGAAGAUGGACCUGAAGUCCUCCAGCAAACUCAAGAAUGGGCUGACCUUCCGCAAGGAGGAUAUGCUGCAGCGGCAGCUCCACCUGGAAGGCGCACUGUGCUGGAAAAGCACAUCAGGGCGCCUGAAAGACGUUCUUGCUGUCCUGCUGACGGAUGUCCUUUUGCUGCUACAAGAAAAGGACCAGAAAUACGUCUUUGCUUCUGUGGACUCCAAGCCGCCCGUCGUGUCUCUACAAAAGCUCAUCGUACGGGAGGUGGCCAACGAGGAGAAAGCCAUGUUUCUCAUCAGCGCCUCUCUGAAAGGGCCUGAGAUGUACGAGAUCUACACCGGCUCCAAGGAGGAGCGCAACACCUGGAUGGCCCACAUCCGCAGGGCCGUGGAGAGCUGUUCGGACGAGGAAGAAGGGCCCUUCAGCGAGGCGGAAGAGGAGAGGAAGAUGAUUGAGGCCCGUGCCAUGAGGCUGAGGGACUUCCAAGAGCGUCUGAGCAUGAAAGACCAGCUGAUUGCCCAAAGCCUCGGCGAGAAGCAGCAGAUCUUCCUGGAGAUGUCUGAGCUGAGCGGCCUCGACGACUGCGCCCAGGGCCCCCGGCCUCGGCUCCUCUUCCGGGGAGGGGACCCCUCUGAGAGCCUGCAGGGGGAACUGCUCCUCAGGUCCGCCAUGACAGAGAUUGAGGACAUACAGAGCCUGCUCUGUAGGCGGCUGGGCAGUGCCAACAACCAGGCAGAGGAUGGCUGUGUUCCCAGUGGCCUGCCUCGCAGGGCAGAGACCUUUGGGGGCUAUGACAGCACCACCAGCCUCAGUAAGAACGGCAGUUUCAAGAAAAAGGUCUACAGCAACGAGCCCAGGACCCAUGACUGCAGAGGCCCAGCGAGCAGCCCUGAGGGGAAGCCCGGUGACACCCCAGGGGCCCCCGAGGAAGCCCCCCAGGCAGCGCCAGGUGCAGACAGCAGCCCCUGUGGCCUGGAGUCAGAGCUUGUCCAGCGGAUCCAGACGCUGUCCCAACUGCUUCUCAGUCUCCAGGCAGUCAUCGCGCAGCAGGACAGCUUCGUGGAGCUGCAGCGGGCUACCAUUCAAGAGCGAGAGAAGCAGCUGCGGCUGCAGUCAACACGAGGGAGUCUGCUGCUGGAGCAGGAGCGGCAGCGCACCUUUGAGAAGCAGCGGGAGGAGCUGGCGGGUGUGCAGAAGCUGCAGGGCCAGCUGCGCCUGGAGCAGCAGCGCUGGGAGCGUGAGCGUGCCAGGCAGCAGCAGGCGCUGGAGCUGGCGGCCACCCGGCUGCAGGAGCACGAGGGCGAAGCGCAGCAGCUGCAGGAGCGACUGGACCAGGAGCGCGCGGAGCUGGAGCGGCAGCGCCAGGCCUACCAACACGACCUGGAGCGGCUGCGCGAGGCCCAGCGGGCUGUGGAGAAGGAGCGCGAGCGGCUGGAGCUGCUGCGGCGGCUCAAGAAGCAGAACACGGUGCCGGCAGUGCUGCCCACUGAGGCGGCCGCUGAGGUUCAGCCCCCGAGCCACCCUGCCAGCUUCAACGGAGAAGGGCUGGAAGGACCCAUGGCCUUGGCCAAAGUGCCAGGGAUGUGGAUGAGUGUGCUGCUGUCCGGAUCCGGGCCUGAGUACACGGAGCACCCUGAGGGGGCACGCCGGGAUAGCGUGCCGGCCGAGAGCCGGCUGGCCAAGAGCGAUGUGCCCAUCCAGCUGCUCAGUGCCACCAACCAGAUCCAGCGGCAGGCAGCUGUGCAGCAGCAGAUCCCCACCAAGCUGGCCACCUUCACCAAGGGCAGUAAGGACAAGGGGGGCAAGAGCAGGGGCUCCCAGCGCAGCGAGAGCACAGCCUCCGACCUGAAGCAGCAGCCGCUCCUCAGCAAGCUCAAGGGGAGGGAUGACAAUGCUGCUGCGCGUACCCGCCGCCCACUGAGCCCCGUCCUGCUCAGCAGCCUGCUUGGUGGCCAGAGUGCCACGCAACCCCCAGAGCCCUGCCUCCCGCCCCCGAGCCCAGCUCCUGCCGAUGGUGCAUCCGAGCAUGUUUCCCGGAGGCUGAGUGGGGGCGCGUCCUUCCUGCCACCGGCGGCCACCCCACAGCCCGCUGAGGAAGAAACCAGCAAGGAAGACGUCAUCUUCUUCUAGAAGGGCAUGGCUUGAGGUGCUAGCUGGAGAUGGCCCUGCAGACCCCUCCCUCAGUCUGCCCACCCCCCUGUCCUGGGGGUCCCCGUGGCCACCGGCUCUCCCUCUCCCUCUCCCAGCACGCCACCACCGGUGACCGCCGUCUGGGCGGGGUUGGGCUGGAGCCGCCUGUUGGUGCUCCACCGUCUCAUGCGCCCAGCUUUCUGUAGGGUUAGCCGUGGUGCCUGGGUAACUUUCUGCACCUCUUUUUCUUCUCAAAAGAAGAAUGUUUCAUUGAAGGCUGAACCAGAGCUAAGUCAGGUUGCUGUUUGAAAGCACAGUAGCCCAUGUGGGUGGGGGAGAAGCCGUUUCUCCUGGAGCGUCUGAGGCAUCAGGUCCAAGCUCGUGCGAGAGGACGGGGUGCCGGGGGCUGUGUCUGUCCUUAGACCCGGCAGGAUCGACUCCAAAGCAGAGACCUCGCGUUGUGGGUCCAUCAUGGCCCCCAAGGUCCAGGGUGUCUCCUGGUCCUCUGAGCUCCAGCAGGGUGGGGCGUCCUCUUGUCUGGCCUCUCCACCAGGCACAGCAUGCUUGGGGGCAGAGCAGGGCCACGUGGCAGACAGUCUGCAGGUCAGAAGGUCAUCCUGAGCCAGGCUGCACGAGGUCAUAGUGAGGUGGCAGGCAGUGCUUUUCCAAGACGCCCACAAAGUCAGCACUGCUCCUUGGGCCUUGAGGACACCCACUGCUCCCCCACAUCUGGCCUGCUGGGGAAGCUAGCCUGGGAACAAUGGUCCGCAUCGCCCCAGGGGCUCAUUGAGCUGUGGCCAGGGCACCCCCAGGAUCCCAGAUGGGAGUGGUCCCUUGUGCUGCCAGGAGGAAGUCCCCAGGGCCGGAGUUCCUGGCUGACAGCCCUGGGCCGCACAUCAUGGAGGUGUAUCCCAUACGCCAGGCCUCUGUGUGGUAUGAGGUGAGCCAAAGGAGGGAACCUGCAGCCUGCAGCAGCUCCACCCCAUUAAGCGUUGCCUACCUGGGACAGGGAAGGUGCAGGGGGGCCGCAUCCCCCCCACCCCAGGCAGGCCCCUGUGCCAGCUCGGGCCAAGGUUCAAGCUUGGAUGUCAGGGGUCACUUUUCCAGCCUUUUUCUGGGCCCAGGCCUCCCCUAAGCCUGAGCAGUACCCCUCCCAAGGCUCGACCAAGGCCUGGGCCCAGGUCCUCGGAACCCCGAGGUCCCAGUGCCUGAUACCAAGUGUCCUCGGGGGGGGCGCCGUGUCCAGCAUGGAUGUCUCACAAGGGGGAGGCUUUGUCAGAACUGCUCACUCUGAGGGCCUGGCCCACCAAUCAGCCCAGGACUCAGAAGGGCACCUGACGGGCCGGCGGCCAUGUGGAGCCGUGGGGCAGCUGCCUGCCAGCUCCCCACCUCAUCUUGGAGGAGGAACUAAAAGCAGCGGUUUCAAACCUGAGCACAGAACAUGGCUUAGGCAUCCCCUGGCCCUAGAGAACCUCUCCCCCUUCUUCCUGUCGUUUGUUCGUCUGUCCGGGGGCUGUGGCAUCAGUGAUGAGCAGAUGGAAGCACGUCCUUCCCGCUGGUCCCAUGACACGAGCGCACCUGCCCCGUGUCAGACCUCACCUGGGCCUUGUUUCCCAGCAGGGUUUGGGUUUUGUACUGAAGCAUGUCAGAGCACUUUAGAGUUGACUUUCCAUUCCCGUUCUGUUGUGAAAGAACAUUCCUCAACACUCGGGGUUCACUGGGGCUCCGCCGCCACGAUUCCUGGAACCCUAACAAGUUUAGGGCGUUUCCGCGGCCUUGAGGCAGGGGUCGCGCUAUCCACACCUUCUCCCGCCAGGCCCCUGGCCAUCCCUCGUAGAGUCUAAUUUUAUUCGUCAAGUCAGUGGUUGGGCAAAUGUUAGCAUCUCUGUUGAGUCUGUGCACGUCUUUGUUCAUGGUGACAAUGAUUCUCGUCCACCUGACAGUUGCUUCUACGAUGACAGUUUCCUCAAUGUGGGAUUUCAGAACCGCCCUGGGACUUCUGACCUGAUUCUAGCAAUAAAAAUGUCUAGAAGGAGCUCUGCCUGAAGGGGAA